AUGGCUGCUACUACCGAGCACAGCGAGCAGUACAGCGAGAAGCACGAUGGCCUCAAUGGCAACUUCGACCCCGAGGCCCAGCGUCUCGAGACCCUCAACAAGUUCCGCUCGGCGGCCAGUGUGCAGAUGAGCCCUGAACUGUUCGAGAAGCUGUACCUCUCGCCCAUGACCAAGGUCAAGGGAGAUCUUCGACAGACAUUUGGAAACCCAACACCAAUUGCUCUUGUUGGCUUCCUACUCGCUUUCACACCCCUAACCUGUGAUCUCAUGGGCUGGCGAGGCGCUGGCGGCAGCGGUGCUGCGUCAAACGCUGUCUACAUGUUCAUGGGCGGUCUCCUCAUGAUAAUCGGCGGUGUUCUCGAAUGGGUCCUCGGCAACAGUUUUCCAGCCUGUGUCUUCUGCUCCUUCGGCGGUUUCUGGUUCUCGUACGGUGGAAGCCUUAUCCCUUCUUUUGCUGCCUACGCCUCGUAUGCCCCCGCCGAUGCGACAUCCGCUGCUGAAGGUCUUACCACACGAGGUUUCAAUGCUAGUUUUGCAUUCUGGUUGCUCUUCAUGGGAAUUUUGUCCUUCAUCUUCUUCCUCUGCGCCCUCCGAACAAACGUCGUCUUCGUCAUGAUCUUCUUCAGCUUGACAUUCUGCUUCUUUAUGAUCACUGCAGCUUUCUGGGCUCUUGCCGAUGACUACACCGGCAACGCUGUUCUCGCAGGAAAGCUCCUCACUGCCGGUGGUGCUUUUGGAUUCGUCACAUGCAUGUCUGGCUGGUACAUUCUCAUCGCAGUUCUUUUCGCCAUCGUCGAUUUCCCUAUUCAGAUCCCCGUCGGCGACUUGUCAACUGUUAUCAAGGGGCACAGCCAGAAGGCUCGACGCGACUAA